AUGGAGCCCCUGCGGGGUCUGGCGGGCCAGAUUUCGGCCCUAGAGCGCUCCCUCCGCCUGCUGAUGGGGCUGCUGCUGCCCUGCCUGCUCCUCCUGCUCCUGCUCAGCGCGCUGCUCCUCGUGCGCUGGCGCCUGUGCCGGAGGGUGGGGGCCCCCAGCGCCGCCCGGGGCCCCGACACGCCCCCGCGCCUCCUCCCGGGAGCCCCCAAGGUUGCCGUGCUCAGGCACGAUCCGGGCGGCGGGACGGCCCGGCGGCAGCUCGGCCAGACCCGGGGUGCAGCUCCGACGGGCGCCGCUGGCCCGCGGGCGCCCUGUUGCGGGAGGAAGGCGGCCGUGUCCUACCUGCCCGGAUCCAGCCCUCGUUUGCUCCGGCUGGAGAGAGGGGCGCCGCCGUCCUCCUCCACCGACUUGGAAAAGCAGCCCGUCUUGGUGCCCCCCAACUCUCCUGUCACCUCCUCGGGCACUGGGGGUGUCCUGGAGAGGGUCUUCUCCAGCUGCCACACCAGCACCCAGAGGAAGCCCCCUAGCUGCAGCCGGUUGGCAUCAGGUACCCAUUCCAGCACUGGGCCUUUUGAGUUUGGUAGCAGCAUCCGGCCUGGGGACAGGAGGGCCCAUCUCAACUCUGCCAACUACACGGCCUCCCAAGGGCCUGGCCUCGACUCGGACUUUGGCGCCAGUGCGGGCAUCUCUGUCCGGAUCUUGUCAACCGACAGCGAAGGGAGCCCCAACACGCCCCUUGUGCAUCCCCAGCAAGCGGAGCUCUUUGAGUGGGACUACUAUGACCCCAGUUACAAGAGGAGAACUCAGCUCCAUCGCUCCCUGCCUCCCAUCUGCAGCAAGCAGUACUGGCUGUAA